AACGAGUGAUGUACUGAAACGAUCUCCAUGAUGAGCCACCUGCCAUGGCGGAAUCCACAGAGGAGCCACGUCCGGGCACUUCAAAGGCUGAAGAAUCGGUGACUGCUGCAAAAGGGAAAGGCAAAGGCAAGGGCAAGGAAGAACCGAAGAAGACCAAGUUCUGGAUCUCCUGGGACUCCUUGGAGAGGCGAUUACAAUUGUCAAAGUGGGUGGCUCUAAGUUGUUCAAAGGACCACACAGCCAAGAUUUGGGAGCUGAACAGCAGGGAGUGUCGAGGUACAUUGUCAGGUCUGCAUGAGGGCACCGUGAGAUGUGCUUCUAUCGACUGGAAGGAACUUAUGGCUAUCACGGCCUCUGAUGAUGGUUCUAUGUGCCUUUGGUCGCUGGAUAGAUGUGAAUGCAAGGAACAGUGGCUUUCGAACAAGCACGGCCAGCAAACCUGCCUUGCGGCAGAUUGGGAAAACGAUCGUGCUGUCAGCGGCACGGCGCAAGGGAAAUUGUGCUUGUGGGACACCAAGAGACUUGCCCUGUUGCACACGGUUCACGCACAUCCCGGAGCUCGAAUCAACAAAGUGCUCAUCGACGUGGUGAUUGGCUUGGCCAUCACAGCAGCGGAAGAUGGGAAACUUCGUACGUGGGAUGUGACGCUUCCGGAGCUCACGUGCGUCGGCACCUUCGACAAGCACAACGAAGCGGUCACGGCGGUGGUUGUGAACUUUGAUAAGAACCGUGUGCUCAGUGGGGCCGACGAUGGUUCUCUUCAUUUGUGGCAUUUGGGCCGCAGCUCCAAUGCUUCGAAAAACCGCACGUCCAUCGGAAUGCUCAGCGGCCACACAGACAAGAUCAACAACAUCGCAAUGGACUUGCAGAAGGCUGUGGCGGUGACCGUCUCUGAUGAUGAAACGGCUCGUGUCUGGGACAUCCAGAACUUCACCUCUUUGGGUGUUCUGGAAGGUCACCAGCUGGCGGUGCGUGACCUCACGGUGGACUUUGAAGAGAUGAUGUGCGUCACCUGCUCCGAUGACCACACGUUGCGUUUGUGGGACUUGAUGGGCCGGACGUGUGUGGCGGUCAUGGAAGGACAUGCGUCACGAGUGACUUGCCUGCGUGGCAACUGGAAGAAGAAGCUGGUCCUCAGUGCUUCUGAUGACUACACGCUGAAGUUGUGGGAUCUUGAGAAGCAGUGGUGUGAGGAGACUUUCUAUGGACAUGGUGGUGCCGUCACUAUGUUGUGUUGAUCUACCUAGGUGUGGCUGACAAACAUUGAUAUGACAGAUCAAUCCAAGUCUCAAACAGUUUGAUCUUUUGAGCCACCCUUGAAGCCAAAGAGCU